UACAAUCCAUAAAGUAAAAUUUACCAUAACACCUAUUACCCAUGACCACAGAACUAUAACGUAACUUAAUGUAGAAUAAUAAACUUUAUUCUCAUAAUAAUCUUAUCAUAGAUAAGUGAUCUUGUAAUCGCAAAUCGCAAGUCGCACAUUUCGUAAUACAUUUCUAAAAAAAUGUUGAAGAGUCGUGAAGCCAAAGAAUAAAAAAAAACUGUAAGAAUGUUAACGAAACUAUAUAAGUGAAUAUAAUUAUAAUGAAUCGUAAUAUGGGAUCAAAAUUCUAUAGUAAUAAUAUCGAAGAAAACGAUGGAGAAACUGACAAUUAUAUUACAUGUCCUUUAUUACAACUAAAAUAUUCUAGGCCAAGAAAACCAAUCACAAGUCGUUUGGGACAAAAAGCAAGUUCUUUAAAACAUAAUAAUGAUAACCAGGCUUUAUUUGAAAAUAAAACAGCAGAUGCAGAUUUGGGAUGUACAUUUCAAAUACGAACACCUAAAAAAUUAGUUAAUAGUUUUGAAAAACUUGAUUUAGUACAAAAUACUCCAUUUUUUCGUCCAGCUAUUAAAGCUCAAAGUCAUAGUAAUAUAGAUACUCCUUGUGAUACAUUUACUUACUUAAACAGAAAUACUGUUCGUAAAUUAAAUUUCAAACCAGCUCUUCCAUUAAGUACCAAGCGAUCAUUAUAUAAUAACAAAGAAAAUUUACCCGAACACUCAAAAGAAGAACUGAAACUAGGAUCCAAAAUAUUGACACAAAGUAAUAUUAGUACAGCUUCUUGUUCGAUUACUGUAGAAGAAAAUGUUAACGAAACAGCAAGCAAAGUACCUGUUGUCCUAAAUGAUGAUACAUGCAAUACUUCACCUGAAACAUCAAAGUUCAAUUAUGAUACUAGUUUGUAUCAUAGUAUCAGAGAAACAACUUCUUUACCGAAGUCAUUAUUUUUUUCUUUUUCUAAAAACAAUUCCAAUUCUUUAGUUGAUUCUUCCUUAUCAACAAAACAGUUAGAAUGCCAACCUUUGGAUGCUCAUUCUAAACAUACUACACCAGAACUAACUCCUAUAACUAAAUGUAAUAAUUUUGUUGUACGUGCUCAAUCUACAUGUAUUACUCCUGUAUUCGCUCAAGAUGAAGAGCUUAAACAACCAAUUAAUUUACCAGGUAGUGUGUGUAUUAAAUGUGCCCAUGAAAACUUCAUAUCUGUUAAAGGAAUCAAGUAUAGUAUACUUAAUACACUGGGACAUGGAGGAUCUAGUAUUGUACAUGAGGUCUUACAUCCAGAAACUAAUCAAGUGAUGGCAAUAAAAAAAGUAGACUUAUCUGAAGUUGAAAAUAUUAUUGCCAAAGGAUACUUAAACGAAGUCAAUUUGUUGCAAAAUUUGCAAGAUUGUGAAAGUGUUAUACGUUUAUUUGACAGUCAGUAUAGUAUCAAUGAAAAGAUUCUUUACAUGGUAAUGGAAAAAGGUGACACAGAUCUUUCAAAGCUCAUCCGUUGUACAAAAAAUAUGUCGGUUCACAUGAUUAUGUACUAUUGGACAGAAAUGUUGACCACUGUUAGUGAAAUACAUGCUAAAGGUGUUAUUCAUUCAGAUCUCAAACCUGCAAAUUUCCUUUUGGUUAGUGGUCGUUUAAAAUUAAUAGACUUUGGCAUUGCAUCAAAAAUACAAGGUGACAUGACAAGUGUAUUAAAGGAUGUGACUACUGGAACUUGGAACUAUAUGAGUCCAGAAUGUAUAAGAAGUGGGGGCUCUAAUUUUGAAGGCCAUAAAAUAAACCAAAAAUCUGAUGUAUGGUCAUUGGGAUGUAUAUUAUAUAGUCUGAUUUAUGGUAAUACUCCAUAUUCACAUUUGACAAACACCUGGCAAAAGUUGCAAUCCAUUGCUGAAUCAAAGCAAAAUAUUAAUUUCCCCAGUCAUAGUAAGGUAUUUACUCAAGGUAUACCAUCAGUACUUAAGCAAACAAUGGAGUUAUGUUUGAUAAAAGAUGUUAAAGCCAGACCUUAUGUCAUUGAUUUGUUGAAGCUUAUUGAAGAUACAGUAUUUAAACCUAUGACAGUAUGAACUUACAUUUUUUUUUGUUGUUUUAAUCAUGUAAUUCUAUAUUUAUCUAAAAUGUUCAAACAUAUUUUGUUUUUGUUUUUUAUUCUGGGUAUUUAUCUAAAGCAGACCAAUAUUAAUAAGUUUAUUAUGUUAUUUAAUUAAUAAUUAUUAUAUUAUGUAAAUGGUUUUUACUCUUUAAUUUUUAUUGCUCUUAAACAUUUAAAUGUUAUUGAAGUAAGCUAAAGCAUCAGAUACAUACUAAUUGAAUUGGUAGGUAACAAAAGUAUUAAGGAAAUUAUCGAUAUUAAUAUAUUAUAAAUUCAUAAUAAUAUGGUAAUACUGACAAAGAAUAUUUUGUAUUUUUA